CAGCGCUACAAUCUAGGACAGGAUGGGGGCGUUCUGGGGGCACGUUGACCUUGGGAUCUUCUUCAUGGCACUUGGACUUUGGUGGCUUUAUAACAUCUUCAGAGAUUAUUUUAUGAGUGGAUGUGACUUGAAUACAUUCAAAUCCAGGAUCAGCUACGGACUGCCGUGUAAGCCUCGCAUCCCUAUAGAAAUCAUCUUGAAACUAAUAUUUAUUGGUGCAAUUAUGCUGUUCGAGCUCGGCACGAGUGGUAUGCAGUUCAUCAGCGCUGACGGGAACUUCAAAAGUAUUGUCUACCUUCAGCACCUCAGUAUGUUUGGACUCUUUUUCAUUCAUGCAUUCGUUGACCUGAUGGAAUGGAUCGACGCCCCUGUACCCCGGGGGUCAGCUGCCAUGACUGGAGCACUCGCCUUUGGGUGGUGAUUAUAAUAUUGACUUUUCUAUAAAACUAUUUAAUUAAUUGUUCAUGUCGUUACGUGUGUUCUUUCGACGAAGGAUGAUUAAGACGGUAAUUGGUGGUAACAUUUUGUUUGGUAUAUGAUCUAUUUUCGAGACA